GAAGGCGAGCGAGCGAAGGAAGGAAGGAAGGAGAGAGAGAGAGAGAGAGAGAGAGAGAGAGAAAGCGAAGGCGCGGGGCGAGGAGACGAGAGGAGAGGGGAGAGCACAGAGAACAGAGUGGGAGGACUGGGAGGAGUGAAUGGUGAUUUGGAGGGAAUGGCAAGUGGGGAAGAAGGUCAUGAGGAUUGCAAGGGCACCAAGAAAGGUUGAGGCCAGGAAAGGAAUGAAACCGGGAUGUGGAGAGGUGGAUCGAGGUAUUUUAGUGGUGAAUUUUUGGACUUGAAGAUUAGUUGAGUUUGCGGUUUCGAGGCGGACAGAAGCACUGGCAGUGGGUCUGAUUGUUGGGGCGUGGCAGGCGACCUCGACUGCGGGUCUGAUUUCGGUGACAGACGCGAGAUUGCGUGCUCAUUUCGCGAAAUUCUCCUACGAUAUGUUGUUGGCUUGAAGACAGCGUCGUCGGAGAUUUCGUUCUUCUGCUCAUCAAGUCAAUGCUUGCAUCCGACGACUAUGAAUGGGGAGUUGGAUGCUCCUUGGGACUCGUAGUUCUGCAAUUUCGAAGAAGAAUCUCGCGUUCUCGUUGAACAUACUUCACCCUGCAUAAGUGUUCAUUCUUCAAUUGGAAUGCCCAAUUUGAAUGACGGAAUUGAGCUUUAUGCAGGACCAUGUGAUGACUAGCGUUAUGCAGGAGCAUGUGAUGACUCCCCACUCACUUGCUCCAAGUUCGUCUUGUGGCGACUCUGCAAUUGCUCCACAGACCGUACCUUCUCAGGCUUGCGAUACGUGGAAGGCUCCGCAAUUAAGGCGCCAGGACACCUUCUCUUCUCAACCUCGACAGCAAUAUUUGCAGAUGACACCAACCAUUCGUGCAGUUUAUGAGAAUGCCCAGCAUUCCAAUAACAUAUUCUCGGGCUCAUAUCAGCACGCUCGGCAAGCAGGGACUCCUGGAGCUGAAUUUCAAGACGCUUCAGCUCGCAUGACGUCGCACGAGGGAUCAUUCCAGCAGCCUCGACUUCCUCCAAAUUCGUCAACUGAAAAUUACGACAGUAAAUUGCUUCAGCCUAUGAAUCCGACGUACGUGGGUCCAUUUGGGCAGGUUCGGUCGCAGGCAGAUACAGCUUUUGCUGCAGAAAAUCGGAGCAAGAGGAAGGCGAAAAUGUUGGAAAAGCAGAAGGAGAAGCGGAAAAAACUGCGCCUUACAGCAGGUUCGACUGCAGGUUCCAGAAGUUCCCUAUUGGGGGCCUCCAGGAAGAACUCUCAACCUACAGCUGAAGUGAAGUCAGCGGAAUCGAGAAUUCACGGUUCGUCUAAGCCGAAGGCCACGUCUAAUCCGCAGCUUACGAGACAACUCCCGUUGUCACGCGAGGGAAGUCUGCAGUUGGGCAGCGCAGAUCUUCUACCUGGUAGGGCGGUCAUCCAUCGAAAAUCAGACUCAAGCACGGCAAACGGUGGUGAAAGAAGUACAAUUCAAAUGUUCAGAGAAGAAUCUUAUGGCGGUGCCGGACUAGACAUCGAGACCACUCAGAAGAGAGACAAUCACUACAAUAUUGUCUAUUUUCCACCUGGGUCUUAUCAUCCUCCAAACCAGCCCGCUCAAGAAGACAGAAACUUGGUUGGGAGUCGCCCAGUGGUGAAUGAUGGGUACGCAGGGCCACCUGUGUCGGGAGUGCAGCAAAUGUUGAAGAUGCUAAGCGGGACAGAUAUGUUGAUUCCUUUUGAAGCCCAUCCACGGCUCGCCGGACAUCUGCCUGAGAAGUCAAGUGGCAGUCAACUCACCACUGAAAUACAGCAGUCAUCUGAUGCCGUGAGCGAAGGGAACUCCGCAGACCCAUCACAGAACAAAGAGGAAAAAUCGAAACAGAAUCACCCGGAAAAUUUAUUGCACAAAGCCUUGAACUUAGGGGGCUUGAUCGCAGCGCAAAGCAACCAUGGGGUUGCUCCUGACGGGCAAAGGGUCAAAGCCCCUGUACACGAUCCUCUUAGUUCUCAGAUUUUUAUGAGAGGGCAACUCCAUGCAGAUAAUGACAGCAGAGACCAAGAUGGCCGCAGAGGAAAGGACCUGAUUCUUAGAACAUCGAUAUCAGCUAGUGGUUGUACGGCCUGCAGAGGAAAAUCACCUUGCUUGACUUGUAUUUCGGGUGGUGCUUAUUCCAUCUUCAGUACUUCCACUGGCAAUGUUCAAGCUUGUCACAUGAAGAACUCUGCUGAGAAUCCUCUUCCACCUCCGUCAGGUUCACGGUGCACCUUGGAGGUGAUGGAACCAGAUCGAAGAGAAAAUUCGGGGGACUUGAGGGAUAUGAUAGCAUCUACAUCUGUACGUGUAGUCUGUACUGAUGGGCAGAAAUGUGACAAACAAGCACCACUAGAAACACCACUCGAUGUCCCCGUUACCGUUUCAAAAGAACACAUCCAAGUUGAAGGCAAGUUAAGUGAUCAAGCUGGUUCGGACAAGACGACCGUAGCAUCGAAAAGCGGAUGCUCUUGCGACGGAAGGACAGCUGUUUGCCAAACUUGCUCAUUGGCAAAAUCUGUUCCAGUUACUACUACUGGCUGUGCUCAGGAUUUUGACUCAAAAGCUGCUGUUAAUACUUCCGGACCUGCACCGGAGGGCUCGAAGAAAGUGGAUACUUCUGUAGACAAGGCAUCAACUUUGACCUCGGACAAUUUCAUACCAGGUCCCCAAGUGGUGGAGGAUGGACAGGGUAGUACCGGACUUUUGAAAGCGGACGGUCAGGACUUCACAAUGCGUCAACAAUCCAUAUCCAGGGAUGAUGUGGAUACGAAACCAACUGCGUUUCGAAAAUUAGAAAUCGAUGGAUCUGUGAAGAAGUCGGCACCAAUCACUCCGGAAAAAGUCGACACGCUAGCUAAGGAAGCCUCAGGAAUGAAACCGAUAGCAAAUGUGGCAAGUGGAUGCAAACUUGAUGCGCCUCUGCCAUUAGCUUUGUUGACUGCAUCCUCUACGAGUGCAGCAACCAAGGUUACUGUAUCUGCACCUAAGUCAUACCCAACUCAACCUGCCAGUCGGAGUAUUGUAGGGCCUGCAGAUAAGAAAGCCGUAAAAGCAGCGAAGUUGAUGUCGAAAGGAGAGAAGGAAUCAGUUUUGGAGCAGCCUGAAAGUAGGAAUGGGAAUGGGUGCAAGGAGAGGGGACUGAACGGGUUUAUGCCGUCUUCGAAGGAAAAUGAUUCGGCCCUGGCUCAAGACAUUGCAGCUAGUAAGCAGAAGAUGGUCUACCCUUCCCUUGAUCUGCUCGUGGAUGCCGUUCAAGCAGCAACAGGGGAUUCCUUUACUGAUCAUAGCACUGCCAUUGGUACUAAAGGCCAGGGAGACAAAUCGAAGAUUUCGUCGACCUCACAGAAAUUAGUUGGCUCAUUCCCCUGGAUUUCAGAUUUGAAAGUCGUGAGGCGGGCGAGAACCAAACGGAUUUCAGUAGAAGGAAGGCUUUCCAGUGGUGAAUCAGUAGGUCCUCCUAAAGCUCCUGUUCGCCUGGAUAGGAGGAACAUAGCACGAGAUGACCGUGAUGAGGCUUUUUCAUCCAACAUAGCAGGCUCUGCAUCCGAGAGUCCUGCCCCAGAAGAAUCGAAGGAAGCUGGCCCACUUAUUCGUUCCAAACGAGGAAGGGCUCAAGCCUUACCCUCAUGGCUCCGAGAUUCGGUCGUUGAACCAGUCAAGAAAGGGGCCAAGAUUGUGAAGAAAGCUCCCAACGAUCAGGAGGUCUCGAUGAAAGUAGAAACGUCACCUGGAGCGGUCUCGUUGAAGAAGAAGGCGAAGCUUUCUGGUUACGAUGCAAAUGUAGCCAACGUUUCUGGUGACUCCAAAGCGGCAAGUGCGAAAUGCAAGUCUGAUGUAUCUGAGAAGGCUAAAGUUCGCUCAGAUUAUAAAACGAAAUCUGAAGUUCACGCAGAAUCUGCUGUAAUUAAAGGAAAAUCACCAGUACUCUGCCAGAAGAGGCAAGGAGGUUUUGAAAUGGAGUCGCCCCAUGAUUCUGAGGGCAGAGGAAAUUCAAAUUCAAAUCUAUCAGUGGGAGGAUUACAUCCACUUGAGGAAUUUGACCUUGGGGACAUUGUCUGGGCUAAGUCUGGAAAGCGCAACGAUCCUGUGUGGCCGGCCAAGGUUGUAGAUCCUAUCAAGGAAGCUCCAGAAUCAGUGCGAGCAGUCACUGUGCCAGGUCGACUUUGUGUAAUGUUCUUCGGCCCCUCUUUGGCCAAGAAAAAGGAGCGGGACUAUGCAUGGGUCAAACAAGGAAUGAUUUUCCCCUACGUCGAGUAUGCGGAUAAAUUCAGAACCCAAACGAACUUCAACAAGAGUCGGCCCAGCGACUUUUUUCUUGCUUGCGAGGAAGCAACACUUGCGGAUGCUGGUUUUGAGGACUGCCAUGCCACACAUGGGAAGAAGCACCCUUCAACCUAUUCAGCAAAGCCUCGAAAGGUCGAGGUUGAUGUUCCUGGGGAAGCCGAGGAGUACACCUCCAUUGAGACUGAUGACGUUCCAGUUGGAAAGAAGAAAGAGGUUACUGUAGCUGAUGACAAAGCCAAAAAGGUUUGCACGGGAUGUGGAGGCAAGUUGCCCGCGAAGAAGCCGAAGAACAGUGUAGUUGAAGACAAUUCUUUAUGCAGGCACUGUGUCAAGCUUUACAAAUCACGACAGUACUGUGGCGUUUGUAAGAAAGUUUGGCUUCCCAACGAGAAGGGCAACUGGGUGGCGUGCGAUAUCUGCAAUAUCUGGAUACAUGCAGAUUGUGAUAAAAUCAGCAGCAAAAACUUGAAGGAGUUAGAAGACAGUGGAAGAGCGUACAAUUGCCCCGAAUGUAGGAAGCAGCAAGACACUCCGCGCAAGCGAAGAGUGGCCGGUCCAUCGACUCAGUCCUUCGUUCCGGAAACGCUCGAAGUAAUCUGCUUCGGCGUACUUGGAAAUUAUCUUCCCAGUCUUCAUGAGAUAAAAUGCAAGUGUAAAGAUUGCCGUGGAUGUGGGCGGUCAAUGCGUCCGUCAGAGUGGGAGAAGCAUACGGGUUGCCGCAAGAAAAAGUGGAAGGAAAGCAUCAAAGUGAAGAGUCUGGAAAAACCCCUCCUGCAUUGGCUUCAGUCACUGAGAACUGCGGGUGCUGUUGGCCUUGCGUAUAAUGGACCUGAAAACUGGGUACCUCCAAAAGUUCGCCAUGAAGAGCUUGCUUCUUGUCUGGCAGUACCGUAUGAGCCUGUUAUACAAACUUGGACGGCAGAAAGAUGCGGUGUUUGUAGAUGGGUUGAAGACUACGACUACAACAAGAUGAUCGUAUGUAAUAGGUGCCAAGUAUGUGUACACGAAGAGUGCUACGGAGUUCGGGCCUCUGAGAUCACCCCUGGAUCGUGGGUGUGUAGAGCUUGUGAAAGACACGAUAUUGAGCGGCAGUGUUGUUUGUGCCCAGUCAAAGGUGGCGCUUUGAAGCCAACUACAACUAAUGGUCUUUGGGUACAUGUUAUUUGCGCCUGGUUCAUGAGGGAGAUGACCUUCAAGGACGCCACUCGUAUGGAGCCAGCAGACGGCGUGACGAGCAUUCCUCUUGCACGAUUUCGAGAGAUGUGCACAUUAUGUAAACAGGUGCAUGGAGCUUGCACACACUGUGCAAAGUGCCGGACACCAUAUCAUACGACUUGCGCGGCCAAAGCGGGUUAUCACAUGGAGAUACAAAGUUUAAACAAUAAGAGUGGGGAUCCCAUGACACGCAUGGUAUCAUACUGCGCCGCUCACAGGACGCCGAACCCAGAAGCUUUCCUUCUUCUAAGAUCACCGGAGGGAAAGAUAACAGGCAAAAGUGACCAAGUGAACGCGAGAGGCACAGAGAGCGUAGUCAUUUUGUUAGCAGCAGGAAAUGCCACAAGUAGUCCAGAUGCCACUACUCCGGAGAACGUGGAGACGGUUGAAGUUUCAUCCGCCUCGAGGUGCCAGCCGUACAAUCCACAAGACAGAGCUCUAAAAUAUACGAGAAGAAACAGAGAACCUGUUCCAUUCAGGAUUAUGGGCGUCAGUUGGAACUCCACCGAAAGUAUUCAUGAGCUGAGAGAGUUUGCUGAACUAGAUACUGUCGAGGUACCACGGGUAGAGGAUCGUGUUGCUUUCCUUCAGGCAACGGAGAGGCAGCGUGUGUGUUUUGGAAAAUCCGGAAUACAUGGUUGGGGACUCUUUGCUCGUCGAGCGAUUAGAGAAGGAGAAACGGUGUUAGAGUAUCGUGGUGAAAGAGUGCGUCGCAUUAUUGCAGAUCAACGAGAAAAACGUUACACCAAGGAAGGCAAGGAUUGCUAUCUCUUCAAAGUGAGUGACGACGAUGAUCUGGUCAUUGAUGCCACUGAGAAAGGAAAUAUAGGACGCCUCAUCAAUCAUUCGUGUGCACCAAACUGUUUCGCGAAAAUUUGGGAAGCAAGUCGAGAUGGGGAGAAAGGAAGCGAGACACACCACAUAAUGCUUAUUGCUCGGAAAGAUGUCGCAGCGGGUGAAGAGCUUACGUACAACUACCGCUUUGCCCCGGAGGACCAGAAGUUGCUGUGUCUUUGUGGAGCUCCCACGUGCUCACAGUAUAUUAACUAGGACCUUUCUCAUUUUGUAAAGUUUCAAGAUCUUGCCACUUCUUGUAACUAUCCUCUCAAUCUAUGUGGACGUUCUGUGGGAUCAAAAUCAGACUGUUCACUCCUCUCUCAAUCCCAUCUUAAAUCAGAUACGGUGUCGUGAAACAGAUGGAGCUUAUUCUGGCUUCAAGAUUUUACGAUAAUAGACUCACAGGGUCAUUGCUAGUCAAUGCAACCUGCUCGGUGGUCCAAUCUCUGUUCUAUAGAAGGACCCCCAGUAGCUGGUUACAAACUUAACAGACCCCUCCGUCACUAAAUAUGGAAUGCGGUAAAUUAGGUCAAUAUACUCUUACAUCUGCUUUCCACUUACAGCAGCUUCGUUUCUUAGAUCCUUUCGAGUCAUCUUAUGUCGGAUAUACUCAUCACUGUUAUAUAGAGUCAAAGAAGCUGCUAGUUUUGACAAUUUCAUAGGGAGUCGCAGAAUUGUCACUGAAACCCAGAAUGAGGGUGAAGUACUCCUACAUUGUAUCUACUCAAACCCAUCAUUUUGGGGCUGAUGAAUCCGACUUGAUAUACUUAUACUGUACU